AAUGUUGUGUAAAACGUCAUUGCCAUUUUGUCUUGUAACUGCUUUCUUCAUUUUGUCUUGUGUCACCCUUGCCCUGGCAGGAUCUGACUUUGAUUUUCCUUCCUUUCAAACUACAUCCAUUUCAGGUGAAAUUAGGAAUGAAAAUGAUGUGUUGGUUUCAUGGGGGACAAAAAGGUUGCUUACUGAAGAUGAACCUCCAUUGAACUCAUCACUUAUCUUGGCUGCUAAGAGAACAUAUAGAAAAGAUCCUCUUAACAAUUUCAAUAGAUAUACUGGAGGCUGGAAUAUCAGUAACCGCCAUUACUGGGCUUCUGUGUCUUUCACUGCAGCUCCAUUCUUUGUCGUUGCGCUGAUCUGGUUUGUGAUCUUCGCGCUGUGCUUGUUGUUCAUCUGUCUCUGCUACUGUUGCUGUAGAAGAGUUCCUUAUGGCUAUUCCCGAACAGCUUAUGCUCUGUCCCUCAUACUCCUCAUACUUUUUACCAUUACUGCAGUUGUUGGAUGUAUCAUUUUGUACAUUGGACAGGGAAAGUUUCACAGCAGUACAGUUAACACGUUGGAUUAUGUGGUUCAUCAGGCAAAUACCACCGCUGACAGUCUCAGAAACGUCUCAGGUUAUCUAGCUGCAGCCAAACUUAUUGCUGUGGAUCAAGUUUUGCUUCCUGGAUCAGUCCAAACAGACAUAGACCGCAUCCAAACCAAAAUUAAUUCUUCUGCUAAUACCCUUGCCAGUAAAACAGAAGACAAUAAAGAUGACAUAGCUGGUUUGGUAGAGUCUGUGAGAUUGGCUCUUAUUAUUCUAUCAGCCAUCAUGCUUCUUUUGACAUUUCUGGGAUUUGUACUUUCAAUUUUCGGGAUGCAGGCUUUCGUUUAUAUCUUGGUGAUAUUUGGAUGGAUUCUUGUCACCGGGACUUUAAUUUUGUGUGGCAUAUUUCUUGUUCUCCACAAUGUGACUGCAGACUCUUGUGUAGCAAUGAAUCAAUGGGUCCAACACCCUCUUGCUCAUACUGCUUUAGAUGAUAUCUUGCCGUGUGUGGACAAUGCCACUGCACAAGAGACCCUUACAAAAAGCAAAGAAGUCACUUCUAAGCUGGUCGAUGUUGUUAACCAGGUCAUUACUAAUAUUUCCAAUAACAACUUCUCCCCCAGCUUUCGUCCUUUGUACUACAAUCAGUCUGGACCAAAACUGCCAAUCCUUUGCAAUCCGUUUUACUCGGAUUUGACUGAUAGAUCCUGUAGCCCUGGUGAAGUGGACUUGAGCAAUGCUACAAAGGUAUGGGAUAAUUAUGUCUGUCAAGUUUCCCCUAGUGGCAUUUGUUCCACAACUGGCCGUCUGACUCCGGUCAUCUACGGCCAGAUGGCAGCUGCUGUAAAUGUGAGCUUUGGAUUGUACCAUUAUGGUCCUUUCCUGGUUGAUCUAGAAGAUUGUGAUUUUGUUAGACAAACAUUUGGAGAUAUAUAUAGCAUAUACUGCCCCGGACUUCAGCGUUAUAGCAAAUGGGUUUACAUUGGACUGGUGAUGGUUGGUUUAGCAGUAUUGCUUUCCCUUACAUUCUGGGUCAUAUAUGGGAGAGAAAGGCGACACCGCGUGUAUACAAAAGAACACAUGCCCAAACCAGCUGAAGGGUAAAGCGAUUUACGAGUAGUCUGCUUUGCUAUUUGUAAUGCUAGCUAGAGGUGUGUUGUUGUGUAUCAAGUUUUCUGUAUAUACUGAUGAGUGAUGCCUGUUGAUAGAGCUUAUAGUUAUAUUGUAUUAUUAGGUUCCAUUCCUCGGGGUUGAACUACAUUAUGUACUGUACAGAUGGUAUCAGUUUUAUCUUGAUGUUAUUAUGCCAUCUAUGGGAUGU